AUGACCCCAGCAAAGACGGGCUCGCAGCCCUCCGGCUCGAGCGACACUCCUCAGCGUAUCGUCGUCAAAUCCGUCAAUGGCCAUGAGCCCAUCAAGAUGGAGCCGGCGUCCUCGUCGAGCGCAUCCGCCCUGCUAUCCACACCGUCUCAGUUCGACUCGCCCCUUUCCUCUCCAACAAAAUCAGCCGCGCCCUCAAGCCCGUCCAAGUCGCCGGGUCGACCAAGACGUGUAGACCCCAUCCUCGUCUCGUCUCGCGAGUUCGGCCCCAGCGCUGGAGGCGACAGCGACGAAGAGUCUGACGACGGCGAGUCGGAACUCAACAAAGGCGCCAGUACCGCCGCCAAGAGACUCGGUCGCAAGAGCAAAGCAGAUGCUAUGACCGCCAUCACGGCCAAAGAAACGUCUCCGCUCGAUGGUCAGUCAUCGUCAUCGGCUGCGGCUGCCGCCGCUGCUGCCUCGACUCAAAGUGGCCUCACCGCCGUGCCCGGCAAUCCGGCAGCUCACCCGGCACGCAAAAUGCUCCAGCACCAGCCCUUUCCGUCUCUGAUCUUCGACACAACAUCUGCGUCCACCAACUCGCAUUUCGAUUCCGCCUCCGCGUCUACCUCGGCACAGCCUGCCAUCCCCGUGCACUCGAGCACACCACACGAUCCACCACCGAGGUUGCGUCCGAGGCUCUUUGAGCUUGAUGAGGCGCCGACCUUCUAUCCAACGUCGGAAGAGUUUGCAGAUCCCAUGAAGUACAUUUCGUGGAUCGCAGACCCCCACGGUGGCAACGGCAAGGCGUACGGUAUCGUCAAGAUCGUCCCUCCCGAGGGCUGGAACCCGGAGUGCGUGCUCGACGAGCAGACUUUCCGCUUCCGCACUCGCGUUCAGCGACUCAACUCGCUGAGCGCCGAUGCUCGCGCUUCGCAGAACUACCAGGAGCAACUCCAAAAGUUCCAUGCGCAGCAAGGCCGCAAGCGCGUGAACGUCCCCGUCAUCGACGGCCGCUCCGUCGAUCUGUACCAGCUCAAACUCGUCGUUUCCAGCUCGGGUGGCUUCGAUUCCGUCUGCCGCGGUCGCAAGUGGUCGGAGGUCACGCGCAAGAUCGGGUACAGUGACAAGGACAGCGGUCAGCUUUCCACACAGGUCAAAGCUGCCUACACCCGCAUCAUCUUGCCCUUCGAAGAAUUUUUGGCAACAGCCAAGGAGCAGUCUCGCGCCAACGGCACGUCUGUGAGUCCACAAUUGGCCCAGAAUGCCACCAUGGGCGAUUCCGCAUCCACGGAACCGCAAGAGAAUGGGGUCACGCACGCCUCAAUGUCGCCUGGCCUCGACGCUUCCAUCAAUGGCGAUGUCGGUGCCCACGCCAAGACGCCCGAACCCUUUACUGCUGCCGGUGCUGCCGAGGCGCUCGCCAACGCUACGCCUGUAAUUGAAUUGGCAGCUCAGAGCCCAUCGGCCGUGGCGAGCACACGUCGCAGCGCACGCAAGAAGUCGGAGGCGGCGAAUACUCCCGCAUCGUCCUCGCGCAACCCACUGCAGCUAGCCUCCAGCCCUGCUACAUCGCUGACUUCCAGACGCAGGAAAGGCGUCAGCCCUCACGUCGAAAUCGACUCACAUGUGCGCGUGCAAGCUGCCAACGGUCAAGAGGAGCAGAUGUGCGAGAUCUGCCUUCGAGGUGAGGAUGGCCCCAGCAUGCUGCUCUGCGACGAGUGCAACCGUGGCUACCACAUGUACUGUCUGCAGCCUGCGCUCACCUCGGUCCCCAAAUCGCAGUGGUUCUGCCCUCCGUGCCUCGUUGGCACCGGCCACGAUUUUGGCUUCGAUGACGGUGAAACUCACAGCCUCUACACCUUUUGGCAGCGGGCCGAAGCCUUCAAGCGCGACUGGUGGUCCAAGCAUCAAGAACGGCUUUGGAAUCCCGAGUCCGAGGGCACGACGGCGUCCGAACCCGGCUCAGUUACGAAUGGUCUUGCUCGCCGCAUUCAUGGCACAGAUCUCGUCGUGUCCGAGGAUGACGUGGAGCGCGAGUUUUGGAGACUGGUCCACAGCCAGCAAGAGGAGGUCGAGGUCGAAUACGGAGCCGACGUGCACUCGACCACGCAUGGCAGCGCCCUUCCGACGCAAGAGACUCACCCGUUGAGCCCGUACUCGCGCGACAAGUGGAACCUUAACAACCUGCCCAUCCUGCCCGGCUCGCUGCUGCAGUACAUCAAGUCUGACAUCUCUGGCAUGACCGUGCCUUGGAUUUACGUCGGUAUGAUCUUCUCCACCUUCUGCUGGCACAACGAGGACCACUUCACCUACUCGAUCAACUACCAGCACUGGGGCGAGACAAAAACAUGGUACGGCAUUCCGGGCGAGGACGCCGAGAAGUUUGAGAACGCCAUGCGCAAAGCGGCGCCCGAUCUGUUCGAAACGCUUCCGGACCUGCUCUUCCAUCUCACCACCAUGAUGAGCCCGGAGAAGCUCAAAAAGGAGGGCGUUCGCGUCGUAGCCUGCGAUCAACGUGCCAACGAGUUCGUCGUCACGUUCCCCAAGGCCUAUCACAGCGGCUUCAAUCACGGUCUCAACCUCAACGAAGCUGUCAACUUUGCCCUUCCGGACUGGAUCUUUGACGAUCUCGAAUCCGUCCGCAGAUAUCAGCAUUUCCGCAAACCCGCCGUAUUCUCUCACGACCAGCUGCUCAUCACGGUCUCGCAGCAGAGCCAGACCAUCGAGACGGCCGUGUGGCUGGAGGCAGCCAUGCAAGAAAUGGUCGACCGCGAGAUCGCCAAGCGCAACGCACUGCGUGAGAUCAUCCCGGACCUCAAGGAAGAGGUCUACGACGAAGACGUUGCCGAGAGCCAGUACAUUUGCACCCACUGCACGCUCUUCUCCUAUCUAGGCCAAUUGACCAGUCCCAAAACGGACGGCGUCGCCUGCCUGGAUCACGGCUUUGAGGUGUGCAACGCGAACGCUCCCGUCAAGUGGACCUUGAAGUUGCGCUUCUCGGACGAUGCGCUUCGCUCGAUCCUUGCCAAAGUUUGCGAGAAGGCUGCUGUACCACGCAACUGGAUCCAGCGACUCAAGAAGACCCUUGCGCUCGGUCCCAAUCCUCCUCUCAAGACGCUGAGGUCGCUGGUGCACGAAGGCGAAAAGAUCGCUUUCUCGCUGGAGCCGUUGGAGGAUCUCAAGAUCUUUGUCGCUUGCGCCAACUCGUGGGUCGAGCGAGCCAACGUCUUUUUGGUCCGCAAGCUCCACAAGCGACGCGGCGAGACUGCAGUUGUUCCUGGUGCGAGAGGUCGACGAUCCAAGGGCGGGGCAGGCGCUGACGACAGCGUCAACAGAAGGUACAGCAUGGACACUUCCGCCGACGACGUCGACGUGACCAGCGAUCGCAGUCCCGAAGCGCUGUAUGCGUUGAUCGAAGAGCUCGACAGCCUGCACUUUGACGCGCCUGAGAUCGCAUCUCUCCGUUCGAUGGUGCAGGAGUUGGAGGAAUUUAUCGGCCGAUGCACCGAGGUCUUGCGGCAAGAGCCCGAGGCAAACCUCAAGGACUGCGAAAGUGUCCUGUCGCUCGGCAGCUCGCUCAACGUUGAUGCACCUCAGAUCAAGGAGCUUUCCGACUACGUCGAACGCCGCAAGUGGAUCCAAGAGGUGACAGAAUCUCGCGAUACGUAUCUCUAUUAUCACGAGGUCCAGGAAUUCCUGGAGCGCGCCGAUAGCUGUGGCCUCAACGACCACGAGCUGCGCAAGGACCUCGAACAAAGACGCGAAGCUGGCCAGCGCUGGACCGAGCGUGCGAGAGAAGCGCUCGCGGGUUCCACGCCCAUCACCGUUGGUGUGCUAGAAGAGCUUUCAGAGGCUUCAACCGAUGUGCCUGUCGUGCUGGAAGUUGCGCAAGACGUCAGUGACGCACUCUCCAAGGCCAAGGAGCUGCAAAAGACCUUCCAGACAUUGUACAAGAGCUUGCACGCCGGAGCCCAAGUUCCAUCUGCAGCCGAUGCGGAUGGCGAUCUAUCCAUGAUCUCGAUCUCGGAGAACAGCGAAGCCGCUGAGCGCAUGGCUCUGCUCCCCGACGCCCGCCGCGUGCUUCGCGCCGUCAAGUCCAACAAACUCGAUCUCGAGUACGCGCAAGACGUUCAGAAGGCGGUCGAGGUCUACGACGCCUGGCGAGCGACAUUCAACCAGAUCAUGCAGACCGUCGCCAGCGGAUCGCGUCGGCUCACUGACGCAGACCGCGAUGGCGAACUCGACAAGCUGGUGGAGCGAGUCGAGAAUGCAACUGAUCCUGCCGACGACCAGUACAGACCUCACGUACGCAACUGCAUCUGUCGAAGCUCGGUCCCGAUCUCCAUUCCUUCGUCGACCGGAGCGGAGUGCUCUCGCUGUCAAGUGCGCUACCACCUUUCGUGCAUCAAAGUGCGUUCGUCCGAGGUAUCGCGCGCCGAAGAUGGAUGGAUCUGUCAGUUCUGCCCAUGGUACGGCAACGCUCCUUUCCUUAAGAGUCGCAAAGCAAUUAGCAUCACUGAUCUGUCCAAGCUCGUGUACGAUCAAGACCAUCGACGGGACCAUUUCAAGUUCCUGCCGCUUGAGUGGGACGCUAUCGAGGAAGUGGUUGCAAAGGCCAAGCGCUUCGAGACAGCAGCAAAGCGCAUGAUCAAGACCCUCUCGCUCAUGCGCAGGGACCAGAAGCAAGCCAUCCUCGCUCACUGGCUGCGUCGAGCCAUUGGCUGCCCCGUCGAUGUUUUGGGCCCGGAGAAAGUCAACAUGCUCGAUCUCAUCAGCGAAAAUCUGCUUGCUCUCGGUCCUCAGCAGGGCGAAGGCGGAUCUUCGAUGCAUAUGGAACGUGCCAAGGCGCAGACUCCAUCGCGCUCUGACGAGACAGCGGCGCCCUUGCCGAGCUCAUCUCGUGCUCCUGCACCCGCUGAUCGCGACUCUGGCUCUCCCGCCAUCCGCGACGACCGCAAGCGCAAAGCAAAGCGAGGCAAGCGUGCCAAGCUCGUCUUCCGCGAGGAGAUCGGCAUCGGCGCGUACCGAGAUCGUCAGCCGAUCUACUGUCUUUGCCACGAGCCCGAGAGCGGUCGCAUGAUUGCUUGCGACAAGUGCAUGCUGUGGUUCCACACCAACUGUGUGCGCCUCGAUGACCCGCCGAAUCUCGGCAAUGAGCCCUGGAUCUGCCCAAUGUGCUGCAUCAAGGCCGAGCGCAAGUACCCUCAAGCGGAGGUACGGGUCAAGGACAUUGGCGUCACCGAUCCAGAUCUGUGGCUCGACAUUCGUGCCACGCUGCGAUCGCUCGAGAAGCCCGUCAGCAAGAUUCAGUCGUGGAGCAGCCCGGAAAACAAACGUAUCGUCCUGCAUCUCGAGAAGUUCACGCCGGCGAUUCAUGCGGAAGAGGUGCACUCGCAGAUCACGAAGCGUGCCCGUCUCGAAUCGGACACUCCCACCAAGGCACGACCCUCCCUCGGUCGGUCGGACUCUACUCCAGCCAAGGACAGCGGCGCCCUUCCUUACGCACCACCUCCUGUCCCGAGCGAGGCAGCACGCGGUAUCGUGCCUGCUUCGACGUCAGUGGCCGAGACGCCUGCGUCCAAGUCGGCGAGGAACGACGAAUUGUUCGCAGCGGACUCGCCUCCUCCCUGGGAUGCCAAGGUCGACCCGUCGCCCGGCAGCGCCAGCUUCGACUGGGCGCAGUCGGCACGCCGAAGACACGCCGAAGGCAUGGACAACCUCUACCGUCGCGGCAUCACCGAUGCGAUGCUGAUGCGAUUCUACAUUGCCUGGAACGGCCGCACGCUCAUCCACCCGGUACGGGAUUCAGCUGGCAACAUCAUCGAAGUCUCUCUGGGCGAAGCGAUCCGUCUGCAUGCCGGCGAUCCCGAGGGGACACGCGUCAUCUCAGCUGCUCUCGAGCGCCACAGCGCCAGAGCGGAGCGUGCUGCUCAAGCCUCUGGCUACGGCAGCGAGUUGGACGACCGCAUGUAUCCUCGCAGCGCCUACGGCCGCGAUGAAGGACACUACGGAGCCCAGCGACGCGAUCCACCGGUGGUGCCGUCGAACGGCCGAAUUAGUAUGAGGUCACCCGCCAUGAUUCCGUCUCAGAGGCUUGGCAAUGACCGCGACUACGAGCGCGAACGCGAGCGUGAGACGGAUCCCCACAACGUGCGUGAAGGUCGGGAAGCGCGCUUCGGCGAUUCGAUGCGUUCACCCGCUGCACCGCCUGCAGCAGCAGCUGCUCCGUCGUCUGCUCCGGGUGCACAGGGUGCCUCGCCGGCCAUGCGAUCGAAUGUGCCGCGUGAGGUCAUGCCCACCUACGCUCGAAGUCCCGCAAACGCCUCGGCGGUGCCGAGUGCAUAUCCCGCCUCCGGUUCGACGCACGGCCUUCAUUCGGCAACCGACAAGGUCCCACCGUACCACGUGGGUCGCAGCUCGUCAUCACACCCGGACGUCAAUGGACACCGGGGAGCACCUCCCACCAUGCCGACGUACGCAUCGGCCAAGGCGGACCCUUCUGCAAAUGCCUCCACCUACUUGCCUCUCGACCCAGCCAUGAUGGCCGACGAUGCAGCCGGACAGAUCGACCCGAACCUGACCAGCAGCCCCGUCCCAGCACCGGCACCGGCGCCACGCAGCGAGGCAAAGAGUCCCGUGCCCAGCGUCGCAAAGGACGUCACCGAACUCACCGAGGCUGAAAACGCCGAGAUCAAGAAGGAGCGCAAGGAAGACGAACAGGAUCUGGAAAACGUUCGACAGCAAGCUAGACAGAUGGCUCGUCGUAUGCGUCCCGAUGCCUCGGAAGCGGAGAUCGAACGUCUGGUUCAGAACUUUAUCGGCGGCGGUGAGUCCGCCUAA